AUGGCCUCACCCACCCAGAAUGGUGGCAAUCUGUUUGCAAGGGACAAGCCCAAGUUGAACCAAUACAGAACUCUGGAUGACUGCAAGAAUGACCGUGACAUUCUGUACCACGCGGCGCCGUCCCUUGGCAACUGCUAUGACCUCGACGGUCAGACUGGCGCUUUCUUCUACAAUACCGCUGGUUUUCUCCACGCCUCCGCUAACAAGGAUGUCGGAUGCAACGGCGAAUCACUCCAUAUCAAGGGUGGGGAGUGCAUGGAGAAGGGCGACUACAAGUCUGUCGUUUUCCAGUGA